AUGGGUAACCUUUUCAUUUCUGUUCCCCUUCUGCUUAUUUCGUUCUCCUCUGUACUCUCUCGACAACCUUUCCUUUCGUUUUUUUCAUGGUUCUUCGCCGGCGUACGGAGUCUUUGUCCAGCGGAUCUCGCCCACCCUCUAGCUUUGUUCCAACAUCCUCACAUUACGCUCACGUCUCAUGUUACCGUUCAUCUCAAAUGGAAAUGCGAGUGCACAGUGCCUCUGUCAAGAUUGCAGGAAUGGACAAAACACACUUGGUACCAGUGUUCGGUGAAGGGGACAAAGUGUCGGGCACGAUCACCCUUGACUCCAAAGCACCAUCCUCAGGACGUUUAGUCGUAACUGUCGAAGGUGCUUUCUUCUACGACGAUUUUUCUCAAGCAGGGGGCUCCAAAGGGCGUCCUGAACUUCGGAAACAUGUCUUCUGGUCGUCUUCUUCCACAAUACAGGUUUCACCUUCCCUGGAUUCAUUUCUGAGUUUGUCGACACCACGGACCACUUUUCGGGACGGCUUCACGUCUACAAUAAGAUCCAUCAAGCGAAGACCCAGUGGUUCUAGUCUGAACACUACAGUGUCAGUCCCCGCCGCAAAGUCGCCAGUAUCUCCCGGGUUCAAUCGUACAUAUUCCUUUUCCUUUGAUUUGCCUCGUAGUAAUCGGACUGGAGAGGAAAUCCCCCCUACAUUCGUAUCCGCUGGACAUAGUGAGCUAAGAACACCAGGGGCUCAUGCAGAAGAUUCGAACGUUGCCCGUUCCUUUGGGGUCGAGUAUAAGCUCUCCGUCGCUUGGGAACCGACUGAGUCAUUUGAAUAUCCCUCAUUUGUGACCGCUCCGAUAUAUUAUCAUCCUGAUACAGGCUUUCAAUCUCUGGAUGGUUCCUCUCAAGAAUCGAAGUCAUGGUUAGAAAUGCCUCUACGCGUCGACCGUCCCAUGCCUCUCCGCUGUGCUAUCACCCUACCAACCGCAGUUACCUUCUCUCGUUCAUCGUCUAUUCCUUACUAUGUUGUCUUUACUACGACCCCAAGAAGCCCGGCUCUUGCGCGGGAGAUAGCAUCGGAUGCUACCAUCUCAGCUAGUCUCAUUCGCCAGAUCACUGUGACGGAACAGUCAUUUCUUCCACCGACACCUCCACAGACUCCUGGUGGAAGUGAUGAGUCUGACGGAAUCCGCGGUGUGCAACUCUUGAAACGAGUUGUGAAGCCCUUAUCUCCCCGUGUUUCUGAUGAAUCACUGGAGGUGGAUCAAAAGCCUCUCCCGCGCUUACCAAUGCACGCAGUAUUCAAAGAUUCCCGUCUGCUGCAUACUAGUAUUUGCAUUGGUUUCCCCAAGCGACCUCGCCAGCACACUGGCUCUGACCAUCACCCCUCCCUCGAGGCCCAAUCUUCACUUCCGGACGGCUUACACAAAGCCAAGUUUAAUCUAAACAAGGAUAUGCUUCCCUCAAUUGACUGGCAGGGAGUAAGCGUCAAGUAUUAUAUCGACAUUUCGGUUUUGGUGGGGUCAGAUACCCUUCGAGCGCGUAUACCAAUCCGUGUCACAUAAGUCUGAGAGGCCGAUUCGAGAUGGGCCUCCUUCCUCUCACGAAUACCGUUCCUGUGCAUACAUACUUCGCUUCAACUUCGUU